GAAAAUCGCGAUCAAGUUGAAAUUCACCAAAAAUAAACAAUAACAAGAAAACAAAACAAAGAAAAUGAAUUAAAUACCAAAACUGUUACCAUUAAAUUACCAGCAAUCAUCAUCUUAAUCAACAACAACAAAAACAACAACUAACUGGACAAGUGAGAUUUUUACAAGACUACCUUCAACCCGAACCGGACUUGACUGAUUUUCUUUAAUUUUUUACUUUAUUGAAUAGCAAUUUAGUUAAUAGUUACAAUACAACAGAAAGUUAAUUUAACAGCAGAAAAAUAUCAAGGAGACACAAGAUAUUGGAUUCAAGGUUAUUUCACAAGGACAAACCUCAGGCCUAUGAACAAAAAACAUGAGCUUGAUACAUAAAGUUAAUUGUAGAGAGACAACUAAUCAACCAUAAUCAUUCAAGGUUCUGUUGAUUUCUCUCACUAUUAUGCUUGUGUUUCUUAUUUGAAUUAUUUAUUGUUUCAAUUACAAUGCUGCUCAUCAUCAUCAUCUAAUUAAUUAACAACUUUUCUUACUUCUUCUACUAAUAAUUAGUAUUUAGAUUAAUCCAAACAAUUAAUACGUUUAACUUUACAGCAAUUUACUUCUCAAUGUUUACUCAAACUUUCUAGAUUUUUUCUCUCUCUCUCUUUAAUUGUAAUACUUAUCACUUAUAAUAACUAAUCAUUUGAAAUCAUCUUGAACAUAAUUAUCGACACCAUCAUCAAAAUGUUGAUAAUAACAAUCAAUUGAAGAAAAUGAUGAUGAGAUAAUCAUAAUAAUCCAUAUGAUGAAAUGUUAAUUGUUUUACUUUUUUUUUCCUCUUCCAAAACAAUCUCAUCAUCAACAUGUUAAUUCUCGUUUAAAUUGUUUCUCAUCUGAACAAUUUCUAUUAGAAUUUGUUUAAUCAUUUUCUUUUAGUUAAAUUGUUAAUUUCCAUCAAUUGGUUAAUCAACGAAAACUAACAAAAAGUCACGUGACUUAAUCUGCCUGGAAACUAAUGGUUACGUUUUAAUCAGUAGAUUUAUUUUCAAUCAGCCUUUCAUUUUGAUUCCUCUUGAUGUUUAAUUUGUUUUCAUUUUUUUUUAUUUCAUUAAAAUUAACAAUCAACAAAUUGUGUUUCUUCAAAAAUCGCCAGUUUUACAUUUCCAAUUUAAUUAAUUCUAAAUUUCAACGAUUAAUUAAACAACAACAACAACAAUUCAACAAAUCGGUCAAUCCAAAAUCAAUGUGUAUCUAUGAUAGUGUAUUUACCUAUAUAAUAACCUUAACUCUCUCUAAUUAAUGUUGAUUGUAAUUAGUUAAUUUAAUUUUCUAAUCAAUUGGUGAAUUGUCCAUUGAAUUAAAAGCUGUUAAAGUGAAUUUAAUCUAAAUAGAAAGUGAUAAUCACCAUUACACUUUUCCAUUUUCUUUUUGGAAAUUUUUUCUCUUUUCUGCCACUCAUCAUCUCUAUUACUCUUGUUAAUAAUCAUGGCCACAACCACCACCAAACUACCUCCAUCGUAAACACCAACCACCCCAUAAGCUUCACUGUAACUGAUUCUAUUCCUUGUGAUUAUUAACAUGGAAAAAAAUUUCUUCGUUUCUCUAUUUGGAUAUUAACUAAAUGAUCAACUGUUUGUGCUUUAAAAAUGUCAACAAUUAUGAGUCCAUUUGGUUUGCCGGAGAAACGAUUAGCGGCAGUAACAACACCAAACACAAGUGGAACAACAUCAACCAUGAUGUUACAAGGACACAAUGAAGUUUCAACAAGAUUACAAUUUGUUGAUGGAAAUCAUUUAGCCUUGUCUUCAAUCACAUCUUCUCCUUCAUCUACAAAUACUGUUAAUCACAAUCAAAAUAAUUCUACCUCAAAUUAUUUACAAAAUGAUGAGAAUACGUCUGUUGGUAACAGCGUAGGUUUAAAUGUUAGAGGAUGGAAUCAACCUCAACAAAAUUCACACCAUCAUGUACAACAACAACAACAUCAUCAUCAUCACAAUCACAAUCACCAACAACAAUUACAAAAUCAAACAAUUGAACAUCACCAUCAUCGCCAUCAACAACAACAACAACAGCAGCAGCAACAACAACAUCUUCACCAAAAUCAACAAUCUUCCUCAUCUUUAGGUGCACUCUCUUCACCAACAUCACAAUCAACGAUAAUUAAACGAGAAUGUAAAUCUGAGAUAAUUCAUUCAGGUCAUUUUAUGGUUUCACAAAUUGAUGAUCAACAAGAUGAUGCCAGUGAAGUUGAUCAAUCAACUGUCAAUUUUAAAGAGACCUCAGUUGUACCAAUUGGUGUUGAAUCAAUACAACCCUCUGAGGUUGUCACCAAAUCACGUUACCCUGUUAUCUAUAAUAAUAAUUCAAAUCAGAAUCAUAAUCAUCUUCAACCUCAUCAAUAUCUUCACCAUUUUCCAACAGCAAGAGCUUUCCCACCAAGACGUUUCAUCGAUGAAGGUCUAAGUAAACUGUUCGAGUGUAUGAGUUUAGCCUACAGUGGUAGUAUCACCUCACCCAAAUGGAAAACGUUCAAAGGAUUACCUUUGAAGCUAAAGGAUAAAAUUAGACUGAACAAUAUCAUAUGGAGAGCAUGGCACAUACAAUAUAUUAUUGGUCGUGAUCCUCGAGUUUGCCAAUUCUCAUCUCCGGUGGAAAGUGAUUCGCACACCAAGACUGAAGCCGUUAUACUUGAAGGUAAAUACUGGAAACGACGACAUACAACGGUGGUCGCUGAAUAUCAUAAAUGGCGAGCUUAUCAUAAGAAUAUAAUAAGACCGAGACCCACUAGACAUUCUUUCUCCGAUUAUCAUGAUGGCCGUUGGAAUGAGUUUUUCUCCAAUCAAGACUUGAGCAAUUUAAGUGUUGACGAUGAUUUUACGAUGGAUUUUUCCGAUAAUUUGUUGAAUUCGCUGGUCCCUCCCAAUGUGAUUGACUUUCCUAAUCCAAGGGAAAUAGCCCGAUCAGGUAUGGGAGCUGAUUUUAUCCAACCAGGUCUCACUCAAUUACAACCUUGCCUUGAUGAUUUCAUGGAGCCUUUAUCAGAUUUCCUGUUGAGCAGGGUAUGCAUUAUGCCACCAUUACCAGAGGAAUCAACGACUGACAAUCUCAGGGAUAAUUGGAAAUUAACCGAUAAACAAUCAUCGAGAUUUGGAGCAGCUUCAACUUCCGUUGUUAACUCUGAUUACAUGCAAAUGUCCUAUGGAGAUAUGUUAGAUGUAAGCUCUAAUAAUCAAGGAGUGAUUAAAGGUUUCACAGAAAAUCAGGGAAAUUCAAAUAUAUCUACAAAUUUAGGUGCUGAUUCGUUAACCAACACAGCGACCGUUAUUCAAGUUGCUGGUUUACCCCAACAACAAGGAUUAUCUACUAAUCAUCAUCCUGUAAAUUCACCAUCAGCUCAGCCCCAAUCUCCUAAUGUAGAUAUUAUUAACCAUGUUAAUAGUGGUGCUGGUGGACCAUUGGACAUGAAUUCAUUGAAUCCGCUUGAUUCUGUUAACCUUCAAGUACAAAACAAUUCGGUAAUUAACAUUACCUAUCCAACUCAAUCAACCCAAGGUAUACCUGUACAAGCCACUGGUGGUGUCCAAACACAACAGACAAACUCACUAGAUGCUCAUAAAAAUAAUCGUCUCUUUGGUAGUUAUGAUUGUAUCAUGGACAUUAGUUCAUUGGGAUCUAAUUAUACCAAUGAACUUGUAAAAUCAGAUCAAACUACGAUCCCAUGUUUACGUAACGAAAAUGUUACAGAGACCAGUCCCAGAGGUUCGUUAGAAGAGCAACAUUUUGCUUAUCCUAAAAUGCCAACACGAUCAUCGAGACAUAGAUCUCGAAGUGUGUCCACUCCACACAUGGUCUUUAAACCUCAAUCUCAACAACAACAACAACAGCAACAGCAGCAACAACAACAACCUCAACAAAACCAACAACAAUCCGUACCCAGCAUUGCCAAUUCAUCUGCAGCUUUAAUUUUAAAUGAUGUUACACAUCAACAACAAUCAAUCAAAAAUACUAUGGGAGCCAUGGAACGAUCAAUUUCGUUACCAGUUUACUCUCAGAGACGAAACGCCAUUGGUCCUCUUUUAAAUGCUCAAAUUAUGCAACAAAGUCAAAUGAACUUUUCAUCUUCCAAUAAUCUAUUAGCUCUUAGAGGAGGAAACGCCAACAAUGCUUCGGCUGGUGGUGGUGGAAAUCAUACUUUUGUACCAAAUUCGUUUAAUAAUAAUAAUGUUCAAAUUCCACCAGGAACUCCUUCACCUGAUUUAUCCACCUCUCAUUCAAUAGUACCAACUGGACAAUAUUCCUCAGAGUCUUCGAUGAAUAUCAAUCCGUCAGGAAACAUUUCCACUCAUUCACUUGCUCAUCCACCUCAAUCCCAACCUCAAUCCAUUGUCCAAACAACAUCCGGUGGAUCAUCUACAGAUUUUACUUCUGAUUCAAAUAGUUUAAUUGCUCAACUAUUAUCGAAUUCAGGAUCACCUUCUAAUAUGAAUAAUCCAAUGGUAGCAAUAAAAAGUGCCAAUGAUUAUGACAAUACCAGUGGAAUUAAUCAACACCAUCAGCAUCAACAAAUACAAUCCCAUCAACCCCUUGGAUUAUAUUCAUCACAUCCAUCCCUUCAUGGAAAUAUGCUCAACUAUUCAAGUGCCAGACAAUCAUUACUUUCAAGUAAUCUAAUGUCUUCCAAUUCUAACGAUGGGAUAGGACCAACUCGUCCACAUCGAGGUCGAAUUAGUGGCCGUCUAAGUGACCCUGAACCACCUCGAGGAUUACAUGCUCUAAGUGCCGUUGCAAGUCUUAAAGAGAGAGUUCGUAAAAUAUCAUCACCAACCAUUUCACCUCCACCCUUAUUGGCCUAUUCUCCAAGUUCAAAAGAUUCCAAUUCAAGUACUCCCUUGGCCUCACCCCAAUCAAUUGUAACCGUCGGUUCACCAUCAUCCGUAUCCAAUUCCCUUUCAUCAAUCAAAAUAGUUAAACUUAAAUCGGAUACCGAUAAACUUAAGUACAAAGAGCAUCGUCGAGUUUGUCACAUCAAUGCUGAGCAAAAAAGACGGUGUAAUAUUAAAAAUGGUUUUGAUACUCUUAGAACUUUAUUACCUGCAAUUAAUCAAAAUGCCAACACUAAGAUCAGCAAAGCAGCGAUGUUACAUAAAGCAGCUGAAUAUAUAAGAACGAUGAAAUCGGAGCGACAACAGAGACAAGAAGAGUGCGAAAACUUGAGGCAACAAAUUGAGAAUUUGAAUCAAACAAUCGGAGUUUUCCAAAGUCAAUUACCUGCUACAGGAGCCCCGAUUUCAUGUCAACGAGUUGGUCAAGUUAAGGAACAAUUUGAUGGAUAUGUUAAAGAACGAACAAUGACCAAUUGGAAAUUCUGGAUUUUUGGUUUAGUUAUGGAAUCACUUUUGGAAAGUUAUAUGACCACAGUAACGACAAGUGAUGUUGACGAUAUGUGCCGAUCGAUUCUCAGGUGGUUAGAUCAAAAUUGUUCAUUAGUAACCUUACGUCGAGAGGUUCUUAAUUCACUUCGUCACCUUAGCACAUCAACUAAUAUUUUAACCAGUCCAUCAACCUUACGUGAAGAGAUUCUGGAAUCAAUAGCAAAUAGUAGCAAGAAAAUCAACACAAAUAAUAAUAGAUUGACCAAUUGAUCUGACCAGUUGAUUAAACAAAAAACCAGAUUCUAAGGAAAAUUAAAAGUGUGGACAUUUAAUCAAAUAACUAUUGAAAUAUUGGGAAAACCUGAUCACAAAGUACAUGAAUAAUUUUUUAAAGUCUUUUUGGUAACAAAUCAAAUUCCUAAUUAAAUAAAAAAAUACGAAAUUGAAAGUUAAGAUAAUUAAGUUGAUCUUAUAAUUUUGAUUUUACUAAUCAAAAUGUUCCUCUGGUUCUGGUUAAAUUGUUAAUUGUUUACGUAAUUGCAAAUUAUAUUCACUAUUAUUUUGUUUGUUUCCCCAAGUCUUUAAUUAAGUUGAUGAUACAAUGUAUAAAUUAAAUCAACAAUUAACUAAUGUGAACAAUAAUAUUAAGCUGAUAAAAUACCGUGAGCUAAAUUGAUUAAUACUAAUUCUUGAAUUGAAUUAAAUCGUGCCAAAUAAUAUUAAUUGUUAACGGUUAUCAUAUUAAUAAUUAACUUUUGGUUACGUUUUUUAUCAAUAAUAAUUGAAAUAAAAGUAAAACAACAAAAAUAAUGAUAAUAAAAUGAUUUAAUCUAUUGUUAAA